AUGCCUGCCAUCAAUGAUACUGAGAAGGAACGCGAUCAUGGGUCGGAAGAUGAGUCCGUUGAUCUUUGGAGGCUGAAAUCAAAGCAAGAUGAACCUCUUCAUGUUACGAACAGAAUACAUUCUCAUUUAUCAAAAUCUCCUUCUCCGUCUGGCAUUACCAUGCAAAUACCACCCCAACAUCGUCGAUGGGUUUCUGCUUCAAAAUCUCCUUCUCCUCUUCCUCGGAUCAGCCCUUCACUGCCUCCCGUUUCAAACUCGUCUCAGCAUCAAACAAGUAGUAACCGUAAUAGUAGGCCCACUUCGCCUUUAAGUGCUGGUACGGCACACGACUCUCUGCGUAAUCAUGUUCCUCAGGGAAGAAAAACUUUUACUAGCCACUCUCUAUCUCCAAUUCCUCAAACCAAAGUAUCACCUCCUGAAAUUGGAGUAUUUGGAUCUCAUCUGACAAGUCAAGUGGACAAGGGCGUUGAACGAACUUUGCUAAUUCCCAAUGACGCAAAAACCAAAAUUUAUUCUCUUAACACCUUAAUAGGAGAUCAUGAAUUGAAAACUCCAUCUCCAACACAUCAACUCUCUAAAGGUGUUAACGAUAGCAUACAGGCCUCACUGGAAAUGCAACUUGCUAAAAAACCCUCCAAACCUCUCCAAAGUAAGGUCACAACUUUGAACAUUUCACCUCAUGCCCAAGAUGAAAUCUCACCAUUUAUUCCCAAACCUAAAAAGACCCUGUCUCCUUCAAUAUUCCAGUUAAACGACAAAAUUUUUGACCAACCUAAACCUCCUCCAGUUUCCAAUCCUUCUACUCUUACAAACAAGCUCAUUAGAAAGCAACAACAAAACGAGAAAAAGAAAAAGAAAACGCUUGUGGCGAAAGCUGUCUCAGAUAAUGAGACAAAGCAUGAAUAUUCACAAAUAAUAUCUAAUGUGAUAGGUAGAUCGUAUUUGACGGAUGAAGAAUUGGGAACUACCAACAUCUUCAAAAUUUUAAGUCUUGCGGGGAAGGAUGAGGAAGAUUUGUUUCAAAGCAUCGAAGCCAACAAGUAUUUUUCUGGGUUGGAAUUACAGGAUAUUUUACAUACGAUCAAGUUGGAAGCUCCAAAAGAAUUUACUCUUUGGGAUCUUCAACGAAAGAGAAGAUUAGAAAAGCAAAAAGAAGCACAAAUGUUGGAAGAGAAAAAGAGGUUAGAAGAAGAAAAACGACAAAAACAACUUAUGGAAGAGUAUAUGGAGGAGGAAGCAUUAGAAAAUGAUGGUCCCAAACUUGAUACUGAUCUUGAUAUUAACGUGGUUUCGUUACUUACUUCAAACCCCAUUCCUCGAAAUGCCAUCUUAAAGACAUUCGAAGGAGUGGAGAGAAAAAAACAAUUUGUGCAAAGAAUGGAAGAAUUUCAUUCUCAUUCCAGCAAAAAUUAUGAAAAAACUAAAAGAAACGAGAAUGGUGUCUUUUUUGAUUAUGGAAAAGAGCGAUUACUCUUCUCAAUAAUUGAUUCAGAAAUGAAACUCAAACGAAGCAAAAGUGACUCUAACCUGUUGAGUACUAGAAAUACAGAGCUUAAUUUAUACCAUCACACCAAAAGAGAAAAUACAACUCAAGAUGACAGUGUUGUGAAGGAAUCUAUAUCCAAACUCAAGUCUUCAAAACAUAAGGAAAUAUUGCUCAAGUCUUUCCAACAACUCUUAACUCUCAAAAAACCAAGACUGAAAAGAAACAAAUCAGACUCAGAUCUGAUUAAUUUAUUUUGUGAAGAAAUUAUUGAUGAACCUAAUCAGCAACUAUUUCAUUCUGAACGACCCCAAGACGCUGAAACUUCCGAUGCAGAGCUAGUUUCUUUAACCAACACUUCUCUUCUCACUAUUCAAGACGCUGCUUAUUCAUUUUCAUCGAGGCUGAAUAGUUUUUCAAAUCACAACCAAACUACCAUCACAUCUGUACUAUUUCCUCAUCUCUCAAAAGAAGAUCAGCACGAUUUAACGGAACAGCAGGUGAAAAAAGCCUUAGAGAGUUUUUAUGAAAGUUUAAAGAAAAAGGCGUCAGAAUUAACAACACAAACAGCCUUAGAAGAUCAGACAAAGGAGAAUACGCAACGAUACUCGAACCACCUAAAUGUUCAGUCACACGGGUUGGCAGCUUGUUUUGAUGAUGAUCCUCUUAAAAAGCUUAUUUUACAACGAAAAAAGGAAAGCGGUGUGAAAAUGAAAGUGACACGGUUUUUGGAAAGUGAUCACGUUGUUGAAAGAGAAGAAAUCGAUUUCAUUCAGGAAAAUAUAAGGCAACUAAGGUUAAAAGCACAACAGAUGAAGCAAAAAAAGAAAUAUAUUGACAGGCAACCGAUUUUCGAGAACACAGAGACAGACACAAGUCACACAGCCGUUGCUCAAAUCAAAAUCCUCGAUUUUAAUCCUGAAACACCAAGCACUGCAGCAUGUAAACCAUCUCCAAGAACCAACCUUCUAAGCUCCCAUUCAGCAAGAAAGCAACUUUUGUCAAAUGUUCAACCUCUUGGUUUGGUGGGUAUUCCAUCCAGAAGCGCAAUAAUCCAGCGACAAGGGUCUCAACCUUCAUUUUCCAUGUCCAUAACUUCCAUUUCCACACCUCGUCUUUCCGAAAAGCAUCAAAACAGCAAAAAACCUUUCACUGCACCAAACAUUAAACGAAAAACAUUCGGGUUUUGA